CACUCCACAUUGUUGGCGCGCCCUCCCGGCCUGUGUUGUUGUUGUCGAGGAGAGACCGCCGCCGCUACCGCUACCGAGCCGCCUCUCCGAGAUGUCCACGCCGCUCGACAAGCUCGAUGUCCGGCGAGCGCGCCCGGGAGAGCCGCUGUAUCCUCUAGCCGCCUCGAGGCGGUCUUCCGCGGCCAGGAGUCUGGCUGCCGCGGCCAUCGGGGGCAGGAAGAUCACUCAUCCCGGGAAGGCCAUCCUAGCAGGUGGCAUAGCAGGCGGCAUCGAGAUUUGCAUCACCUUCCCCACAGAGUACGUGAAGACGCAGCUGCAGCUUGACGAGCGAGCCAACCCUCCACGGUACCGGGGCAUCGGUGACUGCGUGAAGCUGACCGUGCAGGACCAUGGUCUCAGAGGCUUGUAUCGAGGUCUGAGCUCGCUGCUGUAUGGAUCCAUCCCCAAAUCCGCAGUGAGAUUUGGCACCUUCGAGAUCCUCAGCAACCCCAUGCGGGACGCCACCGGCCGCCUGGACAACACGCAGAGCCUGGUGUGUGGUUUGGGAGCAGGCAUCGCGGAAGCCAUCAUCAUCGUGUGCCCCAUGGAAACGCUCAAGGUGAAGAUGAUCCAUGACCAGUGUUCGCUCAGGCCUCGCUACAGAGGCUUCUUUCACGGCGUCAGCCAGAUCAUCAGAGAACAAGGUGUCCGGGGGACGUAUCAAGGUCUGACGGCAACAGUGCUCAAGCAAGGAACCAAUCAGGCCAUUCGAUUCUACGUGAUGAACGUGCUACGCAACUGGUACAAAGGGGACGAUCCCAGAAAGGAGAUGCACCCAAUGGUCACGGCCAUGUUUGGAGCCACAGCUGGAGCCGCCAGCGUUUUUGGAAACACGCCACUGGACGUGGUGAAGACCAGGAUGCAGGGUUUGGACGCCCACCGCUACAGGAACACUCUGGACUGCGCCUUCCAGAUCCUCAAGCAGGAAGGACCACAAGCGUUCUACAAGGGUACGGUUCCCCGGCUGGGCCGCGUGUGCUUGGACGUGGCCAUCGUCUUCGUCAUCUACGAGGAGGUCGUCAAACUGCUCAACAACGUGUGGCAGACUCACGAGGCGCACUAGAGGCCGUGGCGAGACCUCAAAAAGGGAAGCACAAAACCAGUGAAGCCUAGCGGAAGCACACACCUUCAUAUCGACCAUUUCCACCUUUGGUGUGAAGAGACAUUUCACGGACCUAACACAGUGAGAAGAAGGUGUGGAGGACACUUUUUGGAGUGGCUUUCUUUCUGUUUUUUUUUUUUUUUUUUAGCAAUGAAGACAAGAGAGAAGACCAAACAUUGUUAGAAGCUAGAAUCAUCAACCAAAGUUUUGAACGAGAGCUGCUGGGCAGAAACUUAACAGCGUUCAAUAAGGGAUGCACCAUAUACACCACAUGGACCAAACCAUUGGGACACGACAUGUCGUCUUGCUUUGUGCACUGGGAGCAGGAAAUGGCCUGCAGAGUGAUUGGUCAUCCCUCCUUUAUGGCAGGUAUUGGUUCCACAGCCCGCCUUGAUAAUACCAGGGCUGACCUGGAACCAAUCACCUGUGAUAAAUGAGGGACUAUUGUCAUUUUUUUAAUGUGAGAGUAAAGCUACACAUGUGAGAAGGGACAACUGUAAGUGACAAAUAUAACCAAUGGAAGGAUUUAGGGCUCUAGCUCACCACGUCCCACUUUGGUCCAUAUAGUGUAUGAGUUUUUUUUUUUUUUAAAUCACAUGUAGCUAGCAGGUUAGCUAAAGUGUUGCACACUUUGUUGCUGUCUUGCCGAGACACACCACUGAAUCGUCAAGUAAGCCAACUCGUUAAAAAUCGGUUGUGAGCGAUGCAAUGCUAAUGCUAAGCUACUUUAUUAGUGUAGUGUGUUCUUUUUGUGUUUUCACAAAUCCUUAAUGUCCUCGUAAGUUCUUUGUACGCUCACGGACGAUAUGGUGACGCGCCGGUCUCAUUCAUGUCUGAUUUCAUGUUUACACGUGCUCGUGGUGACGGGGGGGAACCUGAGAGUCUCAAUGACCAAACUAACAUUUUUGAGGUUUGGAUCCGAGUGGAAACCGCUCUGCCUUGCACAUAAGCCUUCAAGUCCCCUUUUUGCCAAACUGCAAACCUGAUCCCAUUUUGCAUCCUGAGCGACACCACAUAGUUCAAAUGGUUACUUGGUGUGUGUGCGUGUGCGCGUCUGAGUGUGUUGGCGCAAGAUGGACCUGUCUGAUAGUUGUGACUGUUAAAAUAAAAAAAAAAAACUAAUAUAGAGACGUCAUGGUGUGGUAUGUUGAAAUAAAACAUU